UCUCUCUCUCUCUCUCUCUCCUGUUCUUCAAUGAUGACCUGCUUACAAAACUGGCCAGAACCAGUGGUCCGAGCGCAAUCUCUUUCGGACAGUGGAAUAAGGGUUCUCCCCGAACGCUACGUUAAACGGCCGGCCGACCGUCCAUUGUCACUGGACUUACCAUCCAGUGACGUGAACAUCCCAGUCAUUGAUCUCCAAAACUUGUCUUCCGGUGACAACUCUCUACGCGCCACCACUUUGAGCCUCAUCUCCGGUGCGUGCCGCCACUGGGGGUUCUUCCAAGUUGUCAACCAUGGCGUGAGCCAUGACCUGAUGACCCGCGCACGCGAGGUGUGGCGCGAGUUCUUUCACCUUCCUCUUGAAGAGAAGCAAGUGCACGCCAACUCACCGGCUACAUAUGAGGGUUACGGUAGCCGCCUCGGGGUCCAAAAGGGUGCCAAGUUGGAUUGGAGUGACUACUUCUUUCUUCAUUUCCUUCCUGAGUCUAUGAGGGAUGAGAAUAAGUGGCCAAGUCUGCCACCAUCAUGCAGGGAACUGGUUGCUGAGUAUGGUAAAGAAGUGGUUAAACUCUGUGAGAAUUUGAUGAAGGUUUUGUCAGUAAAUCUUGGAUUAGGAGAGGAUUAUCUUCAGCAAGCUUUUGGAGGAGACGACGUUGGUGCAUGCUUAAGGGUAAACUUCUAUCCAAAGUGUCCACAACCAGACCUAACACUUGGUCUCUCAUCACACUCCGACCCUGGUGCCUUGACCCUUCUCCUCCCGGACGAUGACGUUUCUGGCCUGCAAGUCCGUCAAGGUGAUAACUGGAUCACGGUUAAACCAGUGCCUAAUGCUUUCAUCGUCAACAUUGGGGAUCAAAUCCAGGUGCUUAGUAAUGCAGCCUAUAAGAGCGUGGAACACAGGGUGAUUGUGAAUUCAGUGAAAGAACGAGUGUCUCUUGCCUUCUUCUACAACCCAAAGGGCGAUAUCCUCAUUGAACCUGCUAAAGAGCUUGUCACGGAGGAGAGACCUGCGUUGUAUCCGCCAAUGACAUUUAAUGCAUACAGAGCUUUGAUACGGACAGAGGGUCCUCGUGGCAAGUUGCAAAUAGAUUCAUUGAAAUCCCCACCAUGAAUCCGCUUGUCUCUCGUGGAUUUACAUUCCCUCUAAUAUAUUUUUUUCUCCAUUUUUAUCAGUUUAAAUCGUCCUUAUGUAUUUAUAGAUAACCCAUUAAUAUACAGCGGGUUCUAUUUGAUUUGAUGGCGGA